CUCUGCCCUGCCCAAACUCCUGAAGCAGAUUUUUCCUUCUGAGCUGGGCGUCGUGUUGCUGAGGAGCUUUUCUCUCUGAAAACCAGACCAACUUUUAAACUAAGCUCGGAUCUUCAUUAAAUUAAGGAAAAUGGCCGCUUUUAACAAGGGACCCGCUUACGGUUUAUCAGCUGAAGUGAAGAGUAAGAUUGCUCAGAAGUACGACAUGCAGAAGGAAGAAGAGCUGAGGUUCUGGAUCGAGGAGGUGACCGGCAUGCCCAUCGGAGAGAACUUCCAGGCGGGUCUGAAGGACGGCAUGAUUCUCUGCACCCUCAUCAAUACACUGAGGCCCGGCUCCAUCAAGAAGAUCAAUCACUCCAAACUCAACUGGCACAAGCUGGAGAACCUGGGUAAUUUCAUCAAAGCCAUUCUGGACUACGGCCUGAAGCCCAACGAUAUAUUCGAAGCCAACGAUCUGUUUGAGAACGGGAACAUGACGCAGGUUCAGACCACGCUGCUCGCCCUCGCUGGCAUGGCGAAGACCAAAGGCGUGGACACCAAGGUCGAUAUCGGAGUGAAAUACGCAGAUAAGCAGGAGCGUCGUUUCAAUGAUGAGAAGAUGAAGGCGGGUAACUGUGUGAUCGGUUUACAGAUGGGCACCAACAAAUGCGCCAGUCAGUCUGGCAUGACGGCCUACGGCACCAGGAGGCACCUUUAUGACCCGAAAACCCAGACAGACAAGCCGUUCGACCAGACCACCAUCAGCCUCCAGAUGGGCACCAACAAGGGCGCGAGUCAGACUGGCAUGAGCGCUCCGGGCACCCGGCGGGACAUCUACGAUCAGAAGGUGGCCCAGCAGCCCAUGGACAACUCCACCAUCUCUCUGCAGAUGGGCACCAACAAGACGGCCUCGCAGAAGGGCAUGAGCGCCUACGGGUUGGGCAGGCAGAUCUACGACCCCAAGUACUGCCCCACCAGCCAGGAGUCUGCCGGCAACACCAACGGCAGCCAGGGCACGGGCACCACCGGGUCCGAGGUCAGCGACACCGAAUACCAGGCUGACUACCAGGGGGAAUAUCAGCAUGACUACCAGCCGCAGUACGACGACUACAGCCCCCACUUCGACGUCGCCAUCGAUUAGUAGCUGGCGGAGUUUGUAGAGUUCACGGCACGGUUUUUUUUUUUGUUCCUGUUUGAACAGAGCAAGAAUUUCUUCUUUUUUCCUUGCUGGCCUUAAGAAACUGAUGCGGAGGGAACAAAGCGAUGCCUUAAUACUCAUUCCUAUUUAGAUUAUCAGUAUUUUCUUUUUUAAUACAGAGAAUUAUGUUGUAUUAUUUUCUUUGGAACAUGUUAUACUUUUUUUAAAUCCUUUUUUUUUAGUUUGGUGUUUGUUAAAUGCCAAGUAUUCAUAAUACCAAGCCAACUCUGUCUGACUCGUCUUUGUGUUCCUGUAAUUUGAUUUGGUCCGAUCACGGGACGUUUCAUUCUGGCUGUGGCUUUUUUUCCCCCUCUAUUGUAUCUUGGACCCGGAGACAGCAGGAGGGCUGAGUGUACCUCUUCCUGGAAGUGUGUAUGUGGUUACAUGUGACCAGAAAACGUAUUAGUCGGUGGCUUUCAGUUACAAAAAACACUUUUUAUUUAGAUUUUAUCUUGGAUUUGUACUUCUUUUAAUAAUUAGACCAAAUAGCGCUUUAGUCAGUUUAUCCCUUUUUGUAUUUAUUGUCGCUGUCGCUCGAUAUGGUCCUGUCGAAUGAAUAAAUUUUGCAUUUUACAUAAA